AUGAGGUUUCCUAAUGUGGGUUUAGCUCAACUAUCAAAGACAUUAAUCACAAUACGAGGUCCAGAUGCAACUAAAUUUCUCAAUGGGUUAAUCACUUCGAGAUUGCUCCCAAACAUCGUUAAGAAAAAGCAACAUACAAUUAGUGAAUCAGAAGAGAACAGAAACGUUAACCUUUCAGAAAUAAUAGACGUCUCGAAGAAUUAUGGAUUGAUUCAUGAAGAUAUAUAUGACCCAGAUGGUACUAUAACUAUCAGUCGAGAUGGGAUUAAUUCAAUGAUUUUGAAUUCAAAGGGAAGAGUAGUUACAGAUUGUUUCUUAUACCCAGAGCCAUUCCAUAAUUUGGAUGGUAUGUUUGAUAAAGAAAUGGAACAACCAGGAUUUGUAUUAGAAGUGGAUUCACUGAUACUGCUGCAACUUAUGAUGUUAUUGAAAUUACAUAAACUAAGUGCAAAAGUGGAUAUUUCUCCAGAUAAAAGUUUGUUCUCUUAUUAUUACUAUAAUGAUACUGUUCAAUUUGAUGAAUGGCUAGAGGAAAUUCAAUUUAAAUAUCUCAAAGGUCAAGACCCAGUAACUGCAUUGCAAGAUGCCAACUCAUUUAUUAAAGAUGAAUUAUUUUUCAACAGUGAUAUUGCAAAGAACAUUUUGGGAUUUGCAGUAGAUAAUAGAAUUCCUAACUUUGGUGUAAAAUUUGUCACCAAUAAACCAAUUUCAAAUGACAAUCCUGAAGGUAUUCCACUUGAAUCGGUUUUUUCAUCACAAUUUAAAGAAAAAUUCGAUACAACUACUAUUGCUGAGGACGAAGUGAUAAGAAGAAGAUUUGAAAACGGAGUGUUUGAAACUCAAGAUGCUCCAAAGGGAACAUCAUUAUUGCCUUUUGAAUGUAACUUGGAUUAUGUUAAUGGGUUAUCAUUAGACAAAGGAUGUUAUGUUGGUCAAGAAUUAACCAUUAGAUCAUUUAAUAAUGGUGUCAUAAGAAAGAGAAUCUUUCCAGUUCAAUUUUUUGAAAUCACCGACGAGAGCUUAGAUUACUUACAGCAUCAUCCUAUUGAGCUUGAUUCACAAGAUCCAAUAGUGGAUGUUUUUACUGGUAUCCCUGAUUCUACAUUGACAAAGUUAGAAAUUACCCCACUUCAGGAAAAAUCGGAAUCCAAUCCUGAACUGGAUGGACAGGACCCGUCUGCUUCUACAGCAGCAGCAGCAUCCCCUUUUGCAUCUACACGAAGUGUCAGAAAGAGAAAGACUUCUAUUGGUAAAUUGAUGUCACGUCAAGAUAAUCUUGGAUUAGUUUUAUUCCCUGUUGCUGACGUUGAAAAGAACCAAUUUUAUAAACUUGAAGUUCCAUCUUUGGAAGAUGGACACAAACAUAUUGGAUUAAAAGUUGGUAUCCCUGACUGGUGGCCAGAAUAA